GUAAGUUUGUUUUCAGUGUUACAGUGGCAGUCAAAAGCGUCACACGGAUAUAAAAUUCGUCGGUUGUGUUGAAUGUGAGUGGGUGGUGUGCAGACAGAAGAGUUUGUUAGUUUUGUUAAGCUCGCGCGAUUAAAACGUGACUUCUGAGUGUGUCGGAUUUCAGAGCUAUACGGCUGCAGCGUAACUGAUAAUGCGCGGCAUGCGGCAUGAACAAUGGAGCGUAUAGAAAAAGAAAACAGAAAAAAUAACAACACAAUUUGUAAAAAUGAACUACACAAAUGAGUGCUCAUUACAACAACAACAAUAAUAAUAAUAAUAAUAACAACAGCAACAACUAGCAAUUUGAACGACAUUUAUUUGUCCGGCUCAUUUUCUUUGAUAGGUUUCUGAAUCCAACUCCAAGUAGUAAAUAAUACGUUUACUCGUAUAAACGAAUCUAUUCCAAGUAUUUAAGUGUCAUAUAUGAUAGUAAUGUAAACAAUGUGCCGUGUAUGUUUAUAAAAUAUUAAAAAAUAUAAUAAUUUAUUUCAACAAAAUAUUAAAGUUACAACAAUUAGAGUUAAGCGUUCUCGCAUUCACUUCUUUAUGUUUACUUAUUUAUUGAAAUAAGCAUGGAAAAUGCACUCGACGAAAAGUGAUAAGAAUGCGCGAGUGACCCACCACCACAAACAACAACAACAACAACAACAACAUGGUUUACAAAUAAUCAAUGAUGUUUAUGCCAAGAGUCAAAACAUUUGUUUAAAAAUUUCACUUCCCGCAAGGCAAUUGAGUUGCCUUCACAUGCACCGCGUAUCGGAUGUCAUAACAACAAAAAGUGUAACUAAUCUAUUGCAACGAUAUACGACAAUUGGUAACUUCUGUCAAUGCCUGAGUUUAUGCGCUAGUCACCGCCACCGUAAUGAGCCGCAAGCUGUGUCGGGUUAUCAGCAAAGUUCAACGGCAACAGUUAGUAAAACGAAAAGUACGCUUACAAAGCAAACGCUUAUCAAUACGAAUAUGAUUUCCAGCAGCUUUACACCAACCGCACACACUGAAAUUGCGCGAAAACGUCAAUUAACCCGCUCGCCUUCGUUGAUUUUGCUUACGCUAUUACUUUUGUGGUUUUCGCAUUUAAUUGGCAUCUCUUACGCCGCGCCACAAUCUUGUGUACUCUGUGAUAUAAGUGAUUUUAAAGAUAAAGCAUCUGACGGUACACACGCUUAUGAGGAAUAUCAUUUUGAGCAUCAAGUGUCGCGUACGGAUGCGAUUGCGGCGUUGAAGACAUUUAAUGUCAGCAGUUAUAGUGAGCCCACAGGUUGCGCGAUUAGCUGCACGGAUAAAGUGAUGAAAUAUUGUCUAGGACAACAAUUCAUAAACGAUCAUUGUUGGUGUGAAUUGGGGCAUACGGAGGAGGGUCUGCCAUUCGUGCCGCACAUUUGCUACGUGGGUGAAAAGCUUUAUCAGGCUGCCGUUGGCUCCUGUUAUUUCUAUGAGCAAGUGAAGGAGUGCUGUUGUGCGCCAGUUUUGGCCAAGCAAUGGCGGCACAUAUCCGUGGCUUCUACUCAGUUCAACACUGGUUCCUUAUUGCUGCUGACUACACUCUCCGGGAUUUUUAAUAUCGUACGAAGGCAUGCAAAUAGUUUUUAGAGCGCAAAGCAGUGGAAUAAAUAACUUGAAGUUUUUGAUGUUUUGAAAGCAUGUAAUCAAAUUCUCAAUGUUAUUCGUAAUACUAUGUGGACGUUGGUGGUCGAAAACUUUAGACGUCCAGGACCAUAAAUAUUUUUAGUCACUAUAACCGAAAACGAAUGUGUUAAACUAGUUUUAAGUAAAUUUUUAAACUUUUAAUAAUUGUAAGCGUUUUGAAAAAUUACAAUUUUUUUGUUUUUGUUUUUUUAUUUUUUUUUGUAAAUUUAAAUAUCCCGUGUUCUAACUUAAUUUUAUCAUAAACCCAAUAAAUCAUUUGACGUGAAUUAAUUAGAUACAUUUUGUUGUUGUCAUAAAUGGAAGCUGUUGUCAUAAUAAUUUAAUUUUCGCGUGUUUUUUUUAAUAAA